AUGUCCACACGCGGGCAAUUCAACACCAAGAACCCAACCAUCAAGCGCAUAUUAAAAGAAGCUUCUGAGCUCUCCGUCACAGCCUCGGCAGACUACCAUGCAGAACCACUGGAGGAGAAUCUGUUCGAAUGGCACUUCACCAUCCGUGGCCCGCCCGAGCCCUCGGCAUAUGCUGGUGGCAUCUACCACGGCCGCAUCAUCCUACCGCCCCAGUACCCCCUCCGACCCCCAUCCUUUCGUUUCCUGACGCCAACUGGCCGCUUUGAAGUCAAUCGCGAGAUCUGCCUCAGUAUUUCUGGACACCAUGAGGAGACAUGGCAGCCCGCUUGGGGCGUCAGGACAGCACUGGUCGCGAUAAGGAGCUUCAUGGACACAGACGCCAAGGGCCAAUUGGGAGGCAUCGAAUGCAGCAAAGUGGCACGUGGGCGUAUGGCCAAGGAUAGCGGGUCGUGGACAUGUGCCGGUUGCGGGAAGAGUAAUGCGGAUAUCAUGAAGGAGCGUGAGGCGCUCGUGGCGGAGCUUGAAGCGAAGGAGGGCACACGCAAGGAAGAAGAGGUGCCUGAGGAGCUUCGCCUGGCAUACCGCGAUGAGCUGGACAAGAAGAAAGAACAACAUGAAUCAAAUGGAGGCAAUGGGGAGGGCAAGGCGGUGCAGCCAUCUGCCGAAACUGCCUCGGCCGCAGCGUCAUCAAUAGCAGUAGCACCAACAUCAGCAUCAGCAAUGCCUGCGCAAGCCUCGAACUCUACGGCAGCACCCGCAGUACCUCAGCCGAGACCUACCAGAACCACACAACUACCUCUUCAGAGGCGACAGGUCAUCCAACGCAGCCCAGACCGUUCAUUUGACUGGGUCGACACAUGCAUAUAUGGUGUGGUGGCGGCACUGCUGUUCAUGGUGAUCAGAAAGUUUGGUUGA